AUGGAUCCAGAACUUGAGUGCCUAAUUGGAUAUCAUUUUCAAGAUCGAGGAUUGAUGGAGGAGGCUUUAGAAGAGGUCGGACCGGGAACCGCAGGGAACGAGAGGUUGGCCUUGUUAGGGGACACGAUUUUGUCGCUUAUGCUACUUCGUCGUUGGUACUGCGAGGGUAACACCACUGAGCAAGGCACAAAUCUCCUCCAGGCUUACGCCUGCAAUAAGCACUUGACUUCUCGAGCUAAAGCUUUGGGUUUACAGAAGUUCAUCCACCAAAGACUAGACCUUGAGAGAGGGGUGCCAGAUCAUGCAUUAGCUACUACGGUGGAGGCAAUCCUGGGUGCUGUCUGGCUUGAUUCGGAGGAAAGCUUACGGAAGGUGAACAAUGUUAUGAGCAAAAUCAGCCUGUAUCCGGCCAAUAUUAACGACUGCUCCUAA